GUGGCAGUUUCAGCAUGUCUGCAGGGAGCCGGGCAGUGCUGGUGGCUCUCUGCUCCUUCCAGCAGCUCCUAGGCUCCGUGGCUCUGGGACAGCCCGGCGUGCCGCUGCCCCCCCCGCGCAACGUGAAGCUGCUGUCGAAGGACUUUGGCGUGGCUGUGACGUGGCUCCCUGGGGAGGGGUCCCCGCCGGACGUGCUGUACUCUGUGCGCUACCAAACCCUGUAUCACCAAAGCAACUGGAAACAGGUCCGGCACUGCAAAAAUAUUUCCCACGUCACCUGCAACCUGACGUGUGGGCCAGACCCGUACAAUAAAUUCAGCACCCGCGUCAAGGCCCUGGCGGCAGGGCGCCAGUCCCCCUGGGUGGAGUCGAACUCCUUGGAAUAUCAUUUGGAUGUGCACCUGGCUCCGCCGGCGCUGGCAGUGAGCGUGGCAGAAACGACAAUCAACGUGAGCGCUACUUUCCCCCUGGCCUCCUGCGUCAAGAGCGUUUUUAUCGGGCUGAAGUACGACCUGGACUUCUGGAAAGCUGGAACUGGAGACAAGGUGCCGUUCCACGACCGAAUGAAGUGGGAGAACGUCACAAUCAGCACUCUGGCGCUGAGUGGCAACUACUGCCUGAGUGCCAGGGCCUCCUAUCAAGCCAUCCAGCUAAAACACAGCCAGUUCUCCAGGCCACUGUGCAUGCUCCUAACGCCCAGAGCCAAGGGCUGGGAGUUCCUUAUCACCAUGGCUGUCCCAUUGCUCAUCCUGCUCUUCUUCUGCACUGUCGCUGCCUCUGUC